UCUGUGUGUGUGACUCUGCACACACUCACUCACUCAUCACACUCUGCUUCUUCUCUGAGAUCUCAAUCUCAUCUCACAUUCCCACACGACGCCGUUUUGCUCCCGAAAUGGGUUGCGCACAGUCCCGAAUAGACAACGAGGAAUCCGUGUGUCGCUGUAAGGACCGCAAAACCCUCAUGAAGGACGCCGUCGUCGCCCGCAGCGCCUUCGCCGCCGGCCACACCGCCCCCCCGCCGCCGCCGCCGCCGCCCAUUGACGACCACCUCCCUCCGCCGCCCCCUCCUCUCCCGGAGUUCUCCCCCGCCUCCCUCACCCGCGCCGCCACCAUGCCCGCCGUCUCCAUGCACCACCGCAGCCCCGUCCCCCUCUCCAUCGCCGAGGAGGAGGAGGAGGAGGAGGACCCCCAAACCCCCGCGCCGCCCAAGAAAACCGCCGCUUCCCCGGCGGAGAUUAAGACGCCGCCGCCCCCCAUGCCGGAGCCCAAGGGCAUGGCUUGGGAUUACUUCUUCAUGGUGGAGAACAUGCCUGGCCCCUCUCUCAGUGCUGAAGAUGACAUUCUUAGUAAUGAUAAUAACAUCAAUGAUGAUGACAAUAAUGAUGAUGAUAAGCAUAUUCAUAAUGAUGAGGGUAAAGUGGAGAAUGUGGUUGAAGAUGAGGCUGAGCCUAAGACACCGGAGAAGGUGGUGCAGCAGCAUCACAAUGAUGAGGAGAAUGAGAUGAGUGAGGCUAAGAAACACAUGGAGCAUUCCAAAACUGCUCCACCUGAGUUGAGAAGAGCCAUCAAGGUGGUUCCUUCCGUUACUCUCAUGCAGAUUCUCAGUGUCCUUGAUGAUCACUUCUUGCAGGCUUCUGAAAGUGCUCAGGGAGUUUCCAAGUUGCUUGAGGCUACUAGGUUGCAUUAUCAUUCCAAUUUUGCCGAUAAUCGGGGGCACAUUGAUCAUUCUGCUAGGGUUAUGAGGGUCAUAACGUGGAAUAAGUCCUUCAGAGGUGUGUCCAAUGGGGAUGCUGCAAAGGAUGAUUUUGAUUCUGAGGAGUAUGAAACUCAUGCCACUGUUUUGGAUAAGUUGUUGGCCUGGGAAAAGAAGCUUUAUGAAGAGGUCAAGCAAGGUGAGCUUAUGAAAUUUGAGUAUCAGAGAAAAGUGGCAAUUCUAAACAAGCAGAAGAAGCGUGGGGCCAGUGUUGAAUCCUUGGAAAAGACUAAAGCGGCUGUUAGUCAUUUGCAUACAAGAUAUAUUGUUGACAUGCAGUCUAUGGAUUCGACGGUUUCCGAAGUGAACCAUAUUCGAGAUGCCCAGUUGUAUCCAAAACUUGUUUCUCUUGUCGUGGAGAUGGCAAAUAUGUGGGAAAAGAUGUGUAUGAAUCAUGACAGCCAGCUGAAAAUAGUUACAGACCUCAAAUCUCUUGAUAUUUCUCAGGCUCCUAUGGAAACAACCAAGCAUCAUUACGAACGCACUGUGCAACUUUUGAACGUUGUCCAUGAAUGGCAUUUACAAUUUGAGAAGCUUGUGACUCAACAGAAACAAUACAUCAAAGCUCUUAAUAGCUGGCUAAAGUUAAAUCUCAUUCCUAUUGAAAGCAACCUAAAAGAGAAAAUCUCAUCCCCCCCAAAAGCCCAGAAUCCACCAAUCCAAGCCCUUCUCCAUGCGUGGCAUGAUUAUGUUGACAAGCUUCCUGAUGAGCUUGCCAAAUCUGCUAUUUCCUCUUUUGCUGCCGUGAUAAAGACAAUCAUAGUUCAGCAGGAGGAAGAGAUGAAGUUAAAGGAGAGAUGUGAGGAAACUAGAAAGGAAUACUUUAAGAAAAAACAAGCAUUUGAGGAAUGGUACCAGAAGCAUUUACAGCGAAAGGGACCUGAAGAAGCUGAACAUGAAAGAGGAGACGAAGUAAACACAAACAAUCCUGUCUCAGAGAGGCAGUUUGUUGUUGAGAGCUUGAAGAAGAGAUUAGAAGAGGAAGUUGAAUCUCACCAAAAACAUUGUGUCCAGGUGCGAGAGAAAUCUCUACAGAGUUUCAAAACUCGCUUGCCCGAACUCUUCCGUGCUUUGUCCGACUAUGCUCAUGCCUGUGCUGAUGCUUAUGAGAAACUGAAGUCAAUCACACAGUCACAAGGUGUUGGGGCAUGAAACAUGUAGCUUUUUUGUUCACUUUUUAGAAGUUUAUGUAUUCCGAACCUGUGUAGUAUGCUGUUUUCCUCACACAAGAAGGCAUAUAUAUUUUAGCUUGACAUGCAGAUGUAUCAAUCUUGUGUGAAAAUUUUGCCACAGCUUUUAAAGUUCUAACCAUCCUUGGUGAUGUAAACAUUUUGCUUAAUGUAUUAUGUGCCUUAAGGUAGUUGCAUCAUAAAAUAGUGAUUUAUGUGGCCCGAAAUUUUAUUCAAUUCA